AUGUGUAUGAAUGGCUAUGAAAUUGGCCAUGAUAUAACUGAUACAAAAUUAUGGAAAGAAGAUUUAAGCGAAUCCAUGGAUUUAAUAGAACCCAGUACAGAGGGAUUGCAAAAAGUGCAUCUGAAAUGUGGCCCCAACACAAUGCACGUUAAAUUAGAGACUGAAGAAAAUUUCACAGGUGUAAUGUACACACGUGGAAGUUUCCAUACACAAAGGGGUCCCUGUUUUGGUCGAGGCAAAGGCUCGAGGGCCUUGUCCAUGACUUUUCCUUUAGACGAUUGUCAAACUAACAGGGAUGGCGAAGUUUAUUCGAACGUCGUGGUCGUCCAGCACGAUCCGGACCUGGUGACACCAGGAGACGCGGCUUUCACCGUCGAAUGCGAUUUUAGGAAACCCAGAGAUUUUAAAGUCAAAGCCGAUAUGAACACUGAAGAGUAA